AUGGAAGGAAUGAAGCUGAAAACGUGGGUUCUUGGUGAAAAGAUCGGCUCGGGGGCAUGUAGCGAUGUUUUUUCCGUUAAGUCUGUGAGCUCUCUCGAGAGCGAUGCCAACUGCAAAUUUGUGAUCAAAGUGUCACCACUCCCCCAAAUCCCAGCUGCAAAGCUCAAGAACAAAAAGCGAAAGAAAACUUUGACAGAACGCAAUGCCGACGCACUUUAUGCUGAGCAUCUUUUGUACAAGAAUCACCUAAGGGACCAGCCUGGCAUUCCGUACGUACCCACAGGGGCUUAUGGCGAGGACAAGGGAUUUCGCUUUCUCGUUAUCGAGCGACUUGGGAGAACGCUAGAGACGGUGCUCCAGGAGCAAGGACCUGUUUCGUCGGUAACGGCGGCUAGACUUGGACAGGAAAUUUUGGAGACGCUGCAACAAAUGCAUGUGAAGAAUAUUCUUUACGUAGAUGUCAAGCCGGAAAACUUCAUGCUGGAUACAGAUGAGGAGAACAAAGUGUACUGCGUUGACUUCGGCAUUUCGGAUCGCUAUAUAACUGCCGCGGGCAAACACAAAGAUUUAAGAGAGGGAGCAGUCGUGGGAACACCAACAUUUCUUAGCGUGAAUUGCCACAACGGUGCAACAUCGAGUCGCCGUGAUGAUGUUGAAUCGCUGCUUUACGUACUUAUCUACCUAAUGCGAGGUGAUCUUCCAUGGCAGCAAGCGUCUAGUGACGCUGAAGGUGCAAAGAUCAAAGAAGCUACUUUGGUGGAUCAUCUUUGUGCUUCGAUGCCUCGUGAAUGGGGUAUAAUGUUGAAACGUAUUCGAGAUUGCGGCUUUGAGGAUCGACCAGACUACGACUUCUUUGCACAACAGUUCUUAAAAUUGGGCGGCAAAAAAGGCUUAAUGACUCCUUAUGAGUGGGGCUCGCACAAGACGAACAAAGCGGCUGCUAAGGCUGUUGCUGUAACGUCAGAGAGCUCUUCUCACAAGGGUACUGAAGGCAUUGACAAGGAUCGCAAAAUUUCUCAACAUGUUGCUGUCAAGGUGAGAAAGAAUGAAGCUUCUGGCAAAAAGAGGUCCACCCCUCGGAGCAAAAAAGCUCCAAUCAAGAAAGCUGCUUUUAAGAUUCGCAAGACUAGUAAAAUAAAUCACGAGGCUGACGAACUGGAGGAGAAAGUUGCAGACGUAGGUAAAAUACAGCCUCAAGACCGAGAAGUGUACAAAGCCAUUGCUGGUCACGCUGCCGCCACUGCUGCACUUAAGCGAUUUGUAGUUUACACGGUAUCAUGGAUAUGUAUGGCACAUGACGAUUCUGGACGGGUAAUGUACGAGCUGCUGCGCACUCAUGGAGAUUUGAACGAUGCAGAGACACACAAAGAGAUUCUGAAAGCACUCAGCUCUAUCCGUGCCGACCGUCAAAGUGUUGAUGUCUUAGAACAACUCCAUGCGACAAGUUUUACUUUACUGCGAUGUCGGGAGAGUCGGAAAGAUGGGUCUCAAGUGUCAAAGAGGAGAAAUCGAGUGCGUAAUGAAUGGAGGCAACGAAAGAUACACAAGGGGGCGACAUUAAAGGAUGUGCAGAGGCGUUAUCCCAAACUCUUCGAAGGGACAAAUGAAGAUCAUCAAGACUUUACUAGUGCGGUCAAGUUUGGCAUUCAGGCAUCACAAGGCAAAGAUGUUGUGCGGGCGGCUCCUUCUCCACCACUGUUGCAGCAUGCGACGAGAGCUCAUGUCCCUGCCCGAAUGAAGGCGACCACAAUACGCAGUGCUGAUUUAAAUAACGAUGCGCGAAUUGGCAUGACUCCAGUCGCUGGUUGUUCAGUGCCGGCUGUGAAAGAUACUCCACCACAGCCGAAACCUGGUCUGAGUGAUCUACUAAGAAGAAAAUCGAAGAAUGUACAUGCCGAUUCUGAGUUUUCAAGUGGAACAUCUUGUCCUGAACCCCCUCGGCAACACCAAACAUUCCUCACUGCAUAUGAAAGACUACAGCGUGACUGCAAGACAACUGAUGUGGACAAGGGCCAAUUCCAUGGUCAAAUCAGAAGCAGUAAAAAUUGUCAAGCUCCAUCACGCAGUAGUUACCAUCCCGUAAACCAAGAUCUUCUCUUUGGUGGAGAGGAUAUUGAAAACAAAGGCUGCAGAUCCGGUUCAUCUGGAGUGAGCAAAAAGUUUGUGUCACCGUUGAACGAUGGCGGAUCGAACAAAAGUAACAAGCAGACGACCCUGAUUGACGAAAGCGAAAGCAUCGAUCCACGCCUUAAGAGUUGUGAUCCCGAGCUGAUCGAAAAAAUCGAAAUGGAAAUUGUUGAUAAAGGAGAUCCUAUUACAUUUGACGACAUUGCUGGGUUGCAAUUUGCCAAGAGGUGUGUAAAUGAGCUCGUCAUUUGGCCGAUGGCACGGCCAGAUAUUUUCACCGGUCUACGCACUCUUCCGAAAGGCUUGCUGCUAUUUGGACCUCCUGGAACGGGUAAAACUUUGAUUGGCAAGGCGAUCGCAAGCCAGUCGGGAGCCACGUUUUUCAAUAUUUCUGCGAGUUCUAUUACGAGCAAAUGGAUAGGUCAAGGAGAAAAGCUCGUUCGAACAUUGUUUGCUGUAGCCGCCGUAAAGCAGCCUUCCGUGAUAUUUAUUGAUGAAAUUGAUUCACUACUCACGCAACGAAGCUCAAAAGAAGACGAAGCGAGUCGACGAAUGAAGACUGAGUUUCUGGUUCAGCUUGACGGUGCAGGCACAAAAGCCAAGGACAUCAUCCUCGUCGUCGGAGCAACGAAUAGACCUCAAGAGCUUGACGAGGCAGCGCGUCGACGAUUUGUGAAGCGUUUGUACAUUCCUUUGCCGUCAUUCGAAGCCAGAUUGGACUUAAUCAGUCGAUUGCUAAAGGAUAACGAAAACGACUUGACCGACGAGAACAAACAUUUCGUUGCUGAAUCCACCAAAGGAUACUCAGGUGCAGAUGUGCGGGCACUGUGCACGGAAGCUGCAAUGGGUCCGAUCCGAAACUGCGCCGAUAUAAGCACGAUGGAUGCCACUUCUGUUCGUCCAAUCAACUUGGAUGAUUUCAAAGAAGCCUUGCGAGGCGUUCGCUCCAGCGUCGCGGCAAAAGAUCUUGCAUUUUACAAAGAAUGGAAUGAGGAAUUUGGCAGUUUUGCUUUUGACAGCUAUAUUUCAUCAUAA